GAAUCAAUUAUCACGCCUUCCUAUAUAUGGGUGGCCUGAGUAAAGCUGCCCAAUGAUGACCGAUGUGGAUUGUUUACUAUUACACCUUUUUCACAGCUACAGGUUGACCUGCGUAAAAUUGUCAAGUCAUGAUGAAUUUGAUCUAAGCCUUCAUGUCUUCGCUUUGGAUUCAUAAAAAGCAAAGUCGAAAGGCAUGCACGGUAGAUCAGGAAGACGACAUUGAACUCAUCGAGAGUUCGUAGAUGCAGCUUUGACCGGUCCGUGCGCACAUUUCUACACCCGUGCCUGCUUUCCUACCGCCACGGUCUUGAUGACCUCGCUCUUCCUCGCAACGCUGGGCGUUUUUAUUGUAAUCUCAUGUCCUCCUUCUCUUUCUGCUCCGAUUAUCAGUUCUUAUCCUAUAUCUAAUCUGUCCGCUGAAACUGUCUAUGAAACCGCCACGAUCUUCACAACGGAGACUGUACAAAAUACUAUGUUUUCUCCGACGCCGACAAGUUCUACAACAUACCCUGAUCCAACUGUCGAAAUUAUAGAUGGGAAGAUUCUUGCACUCCCACCAGAAACGACUUCAACAGUUACGAAAUUCGUUACAGUGAUUGUCACUGUGCUGCUAAUCUCUACUUCUACAUCUACUGUCGAAGUUGUCGUUACUGAUACGGUAACACCAAAUAUUGCCCUUCCAGCGACCACCACCGUAGACAUUGUCACUGUCACUGUCGUUCCUUCCCCUUCAAAGCCGACAAACUGGACGGCACCUGCGCAAAUGACCGAUCUUUCAGCAUUGAACAUAACCAAUUUCGCUGGUGGCUCACAAGACCUCAUCGUAAACAAUCUCUCCGCGAACUCAAGUACAGAGUUCAGUAACUCUUCUGCACCCGCCGAAGUUGUCACUUUCGAAGUCUCCAGUGAUCACAGCUCGAACAACGAUUCUUCGACCGUCUGGACCAAUGCAACGGUCGGCUUUGCAAAUCUUGUCUCCCAAAAACUCAAUUGACCCGGCGCAAAAAAACCUCAAGGAGGAGCUGAAUUCUACGCCGCUCCAUUGGAAUUGAAGGAUGCGAAGAUCGUCACCCUGGAGUAUAGUGUAUUUUUCCCGCAAGCUUUUGAUGGGGGGCAAGCUACCCGGUUUGUAUGGCGGUCGCCAGGGAUGUUCAGGUGGCGAUGCGGCGGUUGACUGCUUCAGCACUCGACCCAUGUGGAGGAAAGACGGUCAAGGAGAGUUAUAUCUAUACGCCCCGAAAGACAAACAAACUGAUUCGCUAUGCAACGAUCCUAAAUCCGUAUGCGAUGUUAGGUGG